UCGCCGUACACUCAUAGGAAGUCGUAUCUCGGUUGCUAGGACAACACUGGUGCUAUCCCCAAGUAAAUGUACAAUAUCUGGCUUACUUAGAUUAAAUAAGUCUGAUAACUGAAAACCCCGGUCAGUUAGACUGGGAAUGCAGGGACGAUAUAAUGGCUGUUCCUGUGUGGGCUCUUUCCCUCCCGCUGCCUGCCAUCAUCAUGAUCUCUGUGGGGCUGUAUAUGAUUUUCCUUGCGGCUGUGCUGUGGUGUCAUCACUGUCUUAAGGCCAAGUGUGAUCCUCGGUGUUCAGAUUGCUGCGCAAGCUUCUCUCCUUGCGAGUACUGUUUAGUGUGUGCCCAGUCAUGUGACUGCCGUCCACCAUCUCUGCAAUCCUGUCUGGACUAUUCCUGCCCCUCCCCUAAUUGUGCGAUGUGGGAUUGUGCCUGUACCUGUCAGCCUCCAGAGUGUGACUCCAUCAACUGCUUCUGCUUUGAGAUCAAGUUUAAGUAGAAGGGUGGAUGGAAGGGAAAAGAUCCUCCUCAUUUUAAAAGAUGCCUUAGAAGCUCCAACUCCAUUUGACACUUAAGUAUGUUUUAAGAUCUUGAGAAAUUUUGAUUCAGUCUUUGGCUGUUCUGUAAAGUUUGUAUAAUUUCUGAAACAUUACCGCAUCCUUCCUAUUCACGAUUCAACUAUUCUUUGAUUUGACUAAAAUAAAGAUUAAGAUGUGCAUUUAUUGGGAUUAUUGUUAAAUUGGAUCAUGUAAGACUAUUUUUCUCAUACUUCAUAAAACAGCACAUAUAUUAUAAACACAAUACAUACUAUUGUAGUAAAUGGUUAUUGGACAUAUUUCAUUCAUAUCGGGAUGAAUGGGAUCAUUCAUACCAGGUUUCCAAACAGCUGUAAUUCCUGAACUUCACAAGCAUUACAGAACAGUGGAAGACUGAGGCGAAAGUAAGGUUUUAUUUUUAUGAAUUUGUAGCUUAUGGCUUUUAAGAAGUGCCAUGAAAUUUUUACAUUUUAAGCACAAAAAUAUUUUUUACAUUUAUGUACUUUUGUUGUUGUUGUUGAUGUUUUUCUAGUUUUCCAGUCAGCAAUAAUAGCCAGUGUGUUUCUCUUUGGCAACAUUGUAUUUGGCAAAAUGGACAUUUGUGCUUCAUACAAAGAGAAGAUAUGAAUCUAUAAAGCAUAUAUGCUGUUCAAUGUAUCUCAUUCUGACACAGAUGUCUUUGAAAUGUCUGGAGUCUGGACUAUAUGCUCACCUAUAUUUAUAUGAGAUUUCUUUUGUGAUAUACUGUAAAAGUGUAACAAAAGCUAUUUCCUAUUUUUACUGAUCUAAUUGUUUACAGGGAAUCGUCUCGGUUGUUACAUAAGAAAUAUGAUUAACUAUCUGUGCGUAUUGUAUUAUGUAAAAUGUGAUAAUGUAUGUGGCCAUACUUUGAAUGCUUACAGCCAACACACUAUGGCAAACUAAACCUGCUGUGACUCAGUCACUUCUCAUUGAUAGUCCCUCUGUUGCCUGGCAAAACUCUUUUUUUAUUUUUAUAUAAAUAUGAGCUAUUUUUUGUAAAUGGGUAGUUUUAAAAUGAAUUAAAGAUUUUUUUAUGAG